UGCAAGAUUAAAUCUCAAAAUGGUUGAAUGCAUGGUUACAAAGAACAAGAAACUACUUGGCAUUGUGAAAGAUGGUAAGACGCCAAUUCUCUUCGCUGCUCUGUUGGACUUAUGGGAUAUCGUUCGUUAUCUCUACUCCCUCACUCCGAUCCAAGACUUAAUGCCAGAGAAUGGCCCUUAUGGCGCUGGGCUUGUUUGCUUUUGUUUACGAGCCAAACAAUUUGAUAUUGCGUGGGAAUUACUUCAGCGUUGCCCACGAUUGGUAAUUGCUAAUUCUCCGCAGGGAACAACAUCCCCUAUAUUCGCAUUGGCUGAUAUCCCUUCUGCAUUUCCGAGUGGGACGCAGCUCAAAUUCUGGGAAAAGUGGAUCUAUGAUGGUAUACACGUACAACAUCCUCCUGCCAUCCAUGAUGUUCACGUAAAUGUUGAAAAUCUAGAAGAAAAACUGGGCAACCAAAAUAUCAGUUUCUCAGUCUUCGGUUUCACGCAAGGGCCUUCUUCAAGCCUCCGCAAGCUUUUAGGAAAUUCGUGUUUACAAAUUUGGCACGCCCAGUGGGACUCUCUCUGCCUCUCAUCUCUUUCUCCAGUUCCAAAAUCAAUCAACAGACUGAAAACAAUGGCUUCCAAGAAGAUUCAAACCAUUCCCACGACGAGAGGCAAAAGCGUGAGCGCCUCUUUCUCAAGCGGAGACUCUGCUGGGGUCGUCACCCGGAGCAAGGCCAAGGCGGUAUCCGCAGCUCAACCGGCCACUGCCAUACCGACUCACUCCAAGGCGAAAGACGUGAACCGAAGGCGUGAACCGGUUAUCAAUUUGGCUUCCUUGGGGGCAAAGAAGAAUAUCCUCCGAGCGGAGGAGAGAAACUCUCGAAACGAAGAAAGGAGUUUUCCAGGCUUGAAGAAUUCAAGAGAACGUUCACUCUCGCUUGUUUCAGACGCUGACUCUAGUACAGGCUCUUACCAUGGAUCCCCAUCCGACGACCAACCGGAGAAGACUGCCAUGAAUCACUCGGCGUCCAUAGGUGAGUCUUAUUCUAUGGCUAUGCAGGUCAUGGUGACAGGAGCGAUGUCUAUUGAAGAACAGCUGGCCCAUAUGAGCACUACAACACAAGAACCCUUCUAUGACGUCUGAUUUGCGUCAUGGAAUGCAUUUAAUGACGCGGAUUAGGGGUCGUAACCCACGUCGUUGAAAGGGGGGGUCAUGGAAACUUUUUCAAAACACGACGUCUAUUCCGCGUCAUGGAAUGGGGUUUCAAUGACGCAGAUAGUGUAUCGUGGUAACUUUUUCAAAACAUGACGUCUGUUUUGCGUCAUGGAAUGCGAUUUCAAUGACCCGGAUAGCGUGUCGUGGAAACUUUUUCAAAACAUGGCGUCUGUUUCGCGUCAUGGAAUGGUGUUUCAAUGACGUAGAUAGCAUGUCGUGGAAACUUUUUCAAAACAUGACAUCUUUUCUGCGUCAUGGAAUGGGGUUUCAAUGACGCGGACUUCGCAUCAUUGAACUUAACGAC